AUGGCCAAAACACAAAUCAAAGCUCAAAAGUCCUCGGACACCGUCGCAGACUCGCCUCAGCUCUCACGCAUCGAGAGCCUGCCCAAGCAAAUAAUCCACCACAUCAUCGACUUCAUCCUCGCCCGCGGAGACACCGACGUCGCAUGCGACCUCGCCAGCUUCGCCAAAUCCUCGCCCGUGCUCUUCGCGCUCUUCUGCGCGUACCUCCGCGCCGAGGACGCGUGCCGUCCCUUGUCGCAGGUCUUCUUCAUUCAAUGUCAGAAGAAGGGCGCCAGCUGCGACGAGGUACGAGCCGAGUGGUGGGAUUUCUGGGCGCGGUUCCGAAGAGUGUGCGACAUGGUAUACACGUCCUCGGAAGGUCCGUCGCUGCUGGGGGAAUUAGGCACCAAGGUGACGGCUGCUAAUCUCGGACAUCCUCGCCGCUUGAUGAGAAGCCUCCUCAUUUUCAGUUCCAUCACCGGAGACGCCCCAGCCGGUCAGGAUCGUAAGCCCAAACACACCGCGUCGAGGGACAUAUCCGACCGCCUCACCAAGCCCGAGGUGAACGAUCACCAGACCCUCUGGGACUGCGUCAGCUUCUUCCACCUGGACCAGAUCAAGCACCACAAGGUCCUCCAGAGUAUCGAGCUCCCCCAGCAAAGGGGAAUACCCGGCAGAGCCGUCGCGGUAAUCGCCUGCAAGAGAUACCUGCGAUCGCUCAUGUUGAGGGGGUUGUCCUUCUUGGACGAAUACCUUCGCGCCGUGCCUGAGGUGCGACGGAGCAUGCUGAUCGAGAGUUUCGGUCCGCGGGAAAAGGCAAUGAAUAAUCCGUCUCUGCCCAAAUGGGUACAAGAGACCGAAAGUGUUGUCGAGGAGGUUUGUCGCAUGGCUGGUGCGUGGACAUGA